CCAUCGAUAGUUCGGCACCACUGCUAUUUGGAAAGAGUGUUAUAUAUUGUUUUUAGCUAAGGGAAAGUAUUUGUUUUGAAGCAGAUUGUUGCUAAUAAUGAGGACAUAAUGUGGAGGCAAGCGAAGCAGUUAUGUAAUAUUAAACAAUUUAUUGUAACGAAGCAUCCUAAGGAACUGGGAUAUGUCAAACUAUUUCCGAUUUUACGUAUUUCGCCGCCACAUAACGAGAUGAAACGUUAUCGCAGGGAAUAUAAAGCAGCUGUGAAUCUGCUUGCUCGUUCUUGCUCUAUGUCGCCUUGCAUUUUCCGACAAUUACAUUUUAGUAGUAAAGAUUUUACUCCAAAAAAAUCGGACCAUAAGCAAGGCUCAGCUGGGAAAAACGGCAGCCAAAAUUCAAAUCAAAAUGACGAAAAAGGCAGUGACAACGAGCAAAAAGUAAAAUCGUUACUCACUAAGGCUUUGUUGUGGAUGUUUACAGUUUAUAUGUUUGUCGUCUUUCUAUCAUUAAUAACAUCGCCAAGAGCAGAACGUCCUGAGGGUUCAACAAGAUAUGUUUCUUGGAAUGAAUUUGUACAUCAUAUGUUAGCCACUGGUGAAGUAAAGGAACUUAUUAUACGCCCAGAAAUGGAGAUGGUGACUAUUAUAUUACAUGAGGGUGCUAUAAUCAAGGGUAAAAACGUUACGUCUACAAUAUUUCAUAUGGCUGUAGCUGAUGCUUCCAAAUUCGAAGAAAAGUUGCGCGAAAUCGAAUCAAGGCUCGGUAUUACAGAAGGGGUGGCAGUUACUUACGAUAGACAAAGUGAUAUUACUGGUCGUGUUUUGGUGCUAAUUUUAUUCUUCGCUUUACUUAUGUCAGUUGCAUCCAGAAUGAAAGGUGUUAGAAGUCCCAUUAGUAUGGACUCUUUUUCUCAAAUGGGUAGAGCAAAAUUUACCCUAGUUGAUCCAUUUGAUGGCGGAAAAGGAGUACUUUUCAAAGAUGUUGCGGGACUGCAGGAGGCGAAACAGGAAGUUAAAGAAUUCGUUGAUUAUUUGAAAGAACCCGAAAAGUACCAAAAGUUGGGAGCAAAAGUACCUAAGGGAGCACUGCUCUUGGGACCACCGGGCUGUGGAAAAACUUUGUUGGCAAAAGCUGUGGCCACAGAGGCCCAAGUACCUUUCCUAAGUAUGAAUGGAUCGGAGUUUAUAGAAAUGAUCGGAGGCCUUGGAGCCGCUCGAGUACGAGAUCUUUUUCAAGAAGGUAACAAACGUGCUCCUUGCAUAAUAUAUAUAGAUGAAAUUGACGCAAUCGGGCGACAAAGAUCGGGAACAGAAAACAUAAGCCAAGGAGGUUCCGGUGAACUAGAACAAACCCUUAAUCAGCUUUUAGUGGAAAUGGAUGGUAUGGCCUCUAAACAAGGAGUUCUUAUGGUUGCGAGUACUAAUAGAGCUGAUAUAUUGGAUAAGGCUUUACUUCGUCCCGGUAGAUUUGAUCGUCAUAUUUUGAUUGAUUUACCUACUUUACAUGAACGCAAAGAAAUUUUUGAGAAACAUUUGUCAAGUAUUAAACUAGACUCUGAGCCCUACAAGUUUUCAGAAAAGCUUGCUCGAUUAACUCCUGGAUUUUCAGGAGCCGAUAUAGCAAAUGUUUGCAACGAAGCUGCACUACAUGCUGCUCGAAAUUGCCAGGAAAAGGUGUCGGCUGCAAACUUGGAGUAUGCUGUUGAACGACUAGUGGUGCACAGAUUCAAAAAUUUGGGAUGAAUGAGUACCUAGGCCCUAUUUAUGUAACAGAUGCUAACGAAGUAGGAACCUUCAAUCAUCCAUUUUCGAAAAACUUACAGAGGAUAAUUGACAAAGAAGCUCGAAAUCUGAUACACAACGCGUAUAAUACAACUGAAAAUCUACUCAAGAAUAAUAUGAAUAAACUCGAAAAGAUGGCAGAGGCUUUGCUUGAAAAGGAAACGCUUUCAUACGAUGAAGUGGUAAAUUUAAUUGGUCCACCUGCUUAUGAAGUUGCAAACAGAGCACUAGAACCUGUUGAAUUUGAAAAGUCUUUGAAAGCCCUCAGUGAGAAGGAGUAGUAAACUCAGUUAUUUACUGCUCAUACCUAGCAUAGAAACGAGAAAAAAUAAAUUAUUAUGUGUUACGUAAUGACUGGAAAUACAAAAAAUCUUUGACCAUACUACAAAUACGCUGAAA